AUGCUUCUGAUGGAUAAAAAUACUGCUUCCUCGCCAAGGGAGCGAGCCCAGUCCAUAUUCGAUAAGACUGUUGAGCUAGAAAUCAAGCGUCGAAAGGCUGCUCAGGCUCGUAAUCCGUCUGACCCAAAUUUGUGGCAGCAAAUUCGUGAGAAUUAUGAAGCAAUAGUUCUUGAAGAUCAUACCUUUUCUGAGCAGCACGGCAUUGAGUUCACUCUGUGGCAGUUGCAUUACAGACGGAUUGAAGACUUUAGAUCACACAUCAAUGCUGUCUUGGCUUCCAGUAGCUCGAGUGCGGCGCAAAAUUCAAAGGGUCCAUCUAGUUCUAGACCCGACAAAGGACCCGAGCGAGUUGCAAAACUCAAGCUGCAGUUCAGGACAUUCCUUUCAGAAGCAACUGGGUUUUAUCAUGAUAUGAUCCUAAAAAUUAGAUCAAAGUAUGGUCUUCCCUUGGGUUACUUUCCGGAGGAUCAAGAGAGUCAAAACUUGGCUGAUAAGGAUGGAAAGAAGUUGGCAGAAGUUAAAAAAGGCUUGGUAUCUUGUCACCGUUGCUUGAUAUACCUGGGUGAUCUGGCUCGUUAUAAAGGAUUGUAUGGAGAGGGGGAUUCCAAGAGCCGAGAAUAUGCUGCUGCUUCAAGUUACUAUUUGCAAGCAGCUUCUCUAUUGCCAGCCAGUGGAAACCCACAUCAUCAGCUUGCUAUAAUUGCUUCUUAUUCGGCGGAUGAGUUUGCAGCAACAUAUCGUUAUUUCCGAAGUUUGGCUGUGGAGAGUCCUUUCCCAACUGCCCGUGACAACUUGAUUGUUGCGUUUGAAAAGAAUCGUCAGAGUUACGCCCAAUUGCUUGCGGCUUCCAAAGACUCAUCUAAGAGGCCGACUGGUAAAGGAAGAGGUAAAGGUGAAGAUAGUUCAUCGAAAGAUGCGAACUUGGUAGCUGGUCCUGAGAAGGAUAAAGUAACUAGUGCAAGUGAGUUGCUCAAAGCAUUCUGCAUUAGAUUUGUUCGUCUCAACGGCAUUCUUUUUACUCGAACAAGCCUGGAGACAUUCUUAGAUGUUCUUGCCUCUACUAGCAGCAGUUUACGAGAGCUGAUUUCCUCGGAAGAGCCUAGUUUUGGUAUAGACACCAGUGAGAGGGCACUUUUCGUGGUUAGACUCGUAACCAUUGUUGUCUUUAGCGUCCAUAACUCAAAAAAAGAGACCGAAGGUCAGUCAUAUGCAGAUAUUGUACAACGUGUGGAGCCUGCUAGAAACUCCUUAACAGCCAGUUUUGAGCUACUUGGACUCCUAAUAGAGCAGUGUGCGCAACUGCCCGAUCUUUCCUCCAGUUAUUUCUUGCCUGGUGUCCUAGUCUUUGUUGAAUGGUUGGCCUGCUGUCCUGAUAUUGCACUGGGCAGUGAUUCGGAUGAUAGACAGACUGCUGCAAGAAACAGCUUUUGGAAACACUGUAUUACCUUCUUCAAUCAAGUCUUGUCGCUUGGGCCGAUGUUUAUUGAUGAUGUUGAAGAUGAGACUUGUUUUUCAAACAUGAGCGUGUAUGAUGAAAGAGAAACUGAAAACCGGCUUGCUCUGUGGGAGGACUAUGAACUAAGAGGAUUCUUGCCACUCCUUCCAGCUCAGACUAUUCUCGACUUCUCAAGAAAACAUUCCUUUGGAAGCGAAGGUCUCAAGGAAAAGAAAGCUCGUAUCAAGAGGAUCCUUGCAGCAGGGAAAUCUUUGACCAGUGUGAUCAAAGUUGAUCAGAGUCAAGUGUAUUUUGAUUCAAAGAAGAAGAAGUUUCUUGUUGGUGUAAAACCGUCAGAUGAAUUGGUGGAUUCUGAUUCUCAGUCAAUCCCACCUGAAGUUAAUAAUGCUUUACCAGAUAACCAAGCAGUGAUGAAUCUUAAAUUGCCUGCGAUGCAAAGAGAUCAGCAGAUUUAUUUGGGUGAGGAGGAUGAUGAUGAAGUAAUUGUUUUUAAGCCUCUAGUUACUGAGAAGAGGAAAGGGGCUUCUGACGAGACAUAUGUUCCUAAUGGAGGCUUCAGGAAUCCUGAUCAAGUUGCUACUAUGGGGGACUUGAAAGCUUUGAGUGGUUUAGAUGCAGUUUUCAAUGAAAAUCUCUUUCUGCAAGCAAGAGGCAACACAGGUGUUCAAGUGCCUGCAUCUGUUGGUUCUAACAUUCUGGGACAUCUUCAGCCGUCAACUCAGUCUCAGGCUGUGCAUUUGCAACAGCUUCAGACACAGGCAGUGCAUCCUCAGCCAGGCCAAUCACAAGUUUCUGCCCGACUUCAACCAAUGCAAUCACAAGUCGCACAACUUCAACCACUGCAAUCACGGGUUGUGCACUUUCAACAAACUCAAGGACAGGUUUCACAUGUUUCGCCUGGCCAAUCACAAUCUGCUUCUAAUGCUAGUAGCCUAUCAAGUUUUGCUCAGACGGGUAAUGGUUUUGCUCAGAUGAGGAAUGAGAUGCAAGGAAAUCAUGGGGCUUCCUAUUACCCUGCGCAGUCAUUGCCAAUCCACCAGUCUUUCAAUGUCAAUGGUUUGGGUGGUAUGCCAUAUUCUCAGUCAAGAACACCUGAAGCUGUAUUGCCACCCAAAAUUGAUGGUGUUUCGCCUUCUGGAGUUAUUGCUGAUGGCCUUGGCGUACAAUCUUCAUUAGCAAGGAAGAAUCCAAUCAGUAGACCCUCUCGGCAUCUUGGCCCUCCCCCUGGGUUUAACUCUGUCCCCUCUAAGCUGCUAAAAGAGCCAGCACCUGGUUCGGAUAUGUCUGGCAACAAUCUACCGGGUGAUGAUUACAGCUGGUUGGAUGGAUACCAGGCUCAAUCUUUUCGAGGCACUGGACUCAACAGUUCUUUGAAUUACGCCUCUAGUGGGAAACCAGAACACAUGGGUACCAGCAAUGGACUGAACGGGCCUGCCAACUUUCCAUUCCCUGGAAAACAAGUUCCAGCAUCACAGGUCCAGGCAGGAUUUCCGUAUUUUCAGCAUCCUCAGAAAGAUAACUUUGUGAAUGAGAAUCAUCAAGCAGCUCAAUUCCCCGACCAAUACAAAGGGCAGCCCAGUUGGUCGAGUCGUCACUUUGUGUGAGAUCAGAAUGGAAGAGUAACACGGUGAGUGUUACGCGAUGUUAUCUGCUACCUAACUCCAACUGAGCCUUGUUCUGUUGAAGUCUCUAGUUGGAGUCUUCGUGGCCUUGGCUUCUUGUGGAGGCACUUCCUACCUGACAGAUUCAGGACUCAGCUCAUGUUGGUGAAAGAGAUAUAUGGUAAAGAAGAAAGAAUGGUUUGUGCGGAAUUGAUAGGAGUAAAGUGCCUUUCUCUUGCUACUUGAGGGUGGAGAUGUUAGACCGUAUGAAUGAAUAAGAAAGGAAACGUGUACCUUUGUGGCUCGCUCUGGAUAUCUGAAGCAGUUGGUGGCUGUUUUUGCCUUCUUCGUUUUUUCUUUUCUUUUGCGAAUAAUGUUUUAGCUGUCCUUCUGCAGCUAAUAUUUCUCUCUUGGGUUGCUUUGCUUUCCUCUCCAUUUCGUUUCAAACUUCUCUUUAUUUUAAGUUGAACAUCAUAAGGUUUGUGAAACCCUGCAAGUGGGAAUUUGAAUAAAAAAGGAUUCGUUUGUCAAAAACAAAGUCGGUUGAAUAACCACUAAUUUGUUGUCGUUAU